CCAUAGUCGAUUGUCUGCCAACUAAUCAGACAACUGACGCCUCGUUCUAUCCCCAUACAUGGACUUCUCUCGUUUCAAAUAGGCCACUGCAUCAGUCGGCCCUUACUCGAGCUUUCUAGGGUGGCUCGCAGCAGACUAUAUACUCGACCCGAUCCUUCUCUCCAAAACCUCCUGCUCUCCGUCAUAUCAUCGGUGUAACAUGUACGGGUAAGAUGUCGGCUACGCUAUUUCUUGACAAGCCACUUCUCAAAGUUAGUCGGCCGGUCGCUGCUUGCUCACGAUGUCGAACCGCCAAGAUCAAGUGCGACGGGAAGCUUCCUGCCUGCUCCGCAUGUGAAAGGGUGGGCAAGUCCGACACUUGCUCCGGCGCAAGCGACGAGUUUGCUCGAGGCAAAGAAAGAAGUUAUGUGGCCUCCUUAGAAGGGUACUGCGAGAGGCUGGAGAAGAAGAUCGCGGAGCUCCGCCAUCUGAAGACCUCGCUGUCCGUCGACAAUAGGGGGAUUGCGCACCAGAACUCGAUCACCUCAAUAACAGCGUCGGAAUCUGCGGCCCAGGGUCCCAACAAAGAAGUCUCGGAUAUUGAUGAUCUGGUGGGGGAUUUUGGAUUCUUGUCCGUGAACGCCACCUCCAGAGACUUCCACGGUAUCACUUCGAGCACCUCCUUUGCCAACCUUCUCUUGUCACUUUCCCUCGCCGACCCAUUACCCAAACAAUCUUUACGACCACUUCCACCGCGCCACGAGAUCACCCACCUCCUCCAACAUUACUUUGACACUCUCUACAUUCAACUCCCAUUCUUUGCCGAAACAAGCUUCUGGACCUCGGUUGAUGCAAUGUAUCAGUCUGGCGGUCGAUUCGCCAAGCCGUUCGACCAUUGGAUGUUAUAUACAGUCCUGGCCACCUCCUCUGCAUCCUUGUCGUACGAGAUUGGCGAUGAAAGUCAGCAGGAUGCGCUAUCAUAUGUCACUCAGGCGUUACAAAGGGCGGAGGAUGUCCUUCGUCCGGGAUCCAUCCAAGGAAUCCAGGCGAUCAUGCUUCUCGCACAAUACUCGCUAUUCGACCCCAAACAUUUCCGGAGCUGGUUUCUGGUCGGGAUGGCUGUCCGAGUGAUGGUGGAUCUCGGUCUGCACCAGGACCCUCCGGUAGAAGUCCAAUCCUCGACCAAACAUCUGGACCUGCGUCGCCGUAUAUUACAUUGCCUCUACUCUCUGGACAGAGGCGCCAGCACCGUCUUCGAACGGCCAUUCUCCUUCUCCGACGAAUCUGUCAAUGUCGCCCUCCCCUCUACCACGGCAGGCUCCAUGCUCAGCGAGCAGAGCCAUCUCUUCCUGCGUAGCUCCGAACCCGCGUGGCAUCUGGUCAAGAUCCGGCAGAUUCUAUCCGAAGCGUACUCAAGGAAUUACUUCCACGACCACGACUCCUGCCCCCUGUACGCGAAAUCCACCUGGGCCCUCGGCGCAGAAGCCUACGAAUGGUUCGACGCCACCCCCAACACCACGCCCAGCCACUUCCCCGUCCUCUACAAGCUGGAACUCCUCUACACGGUAGUCAUAAUCCUAUCACCCAACGACGAACCCUCGACGGCGGUCGGAGAGUACCGCAACGUGGUCCUCUUCGAACGCUGCAUGCAGUAUCUCGGCCAGAUCCAAGAAACGCUGCGCAACCCGGCCUGGUCCCCCUUCCUGACGUUCUGGGACAUGCACCGCGCCCUGCAGGCGAUCCGCCGCCUGACGCGGGAGUUGACCGAGAACCACGACCUCCCGCUCAGUCCCUCGGUGCCGGUCCUCCCGGCGGUGCCUCCGGAGACGCCGUCGGCGCUGGUCCUCGACGGCGAGGACUGCCUCAACUUCUACGCGCGGGCGACGGCCUGCCUGUCAGAUAUCCACUGCAUCCUGCGGUUCGGGCUGAGGAAAUGGGGCGACGACCCCGUGUUCGAGGAGAUGCAGCAGCUGUCGGAGACCAUCCAGCGACGCCUGAUCUCGUCGCCUGCGCCGUACAUGGCGGGGGCCGGGGCGGGGGCGUACAUGCCGGGAUACUCGACGAUGGUCUCGGCGGGGCCGGGGUCGGGGUACCCCGGGUAUGACAUCGGGUGAUUUGAUUCGUGUUGUGCGUUAUGAUGUAUGAACGACUUGACGUGAAAGUUGGACUUGGUUGCUCAGUAAAGCAUAAGUAUACGGAUGUUCUAAUGUCACCUCACUUCCACCCUGUCAUCCGACGUCAGAGUUCAAAGACUAGUGUGUGGACUCAAAGUAUCACUUCUUCCCCGCAACAAGAAAAAUCGAUUUUCUUCACAAACAUGAAAAUACGCAUAAUCAGAGCGCUCAUCCAGCAAGCACGAAACCCAUAGAACGAACGUGUGAAACACCAACCCAUAACCCCGCUAAUCCCACAAUCCUUCUAAUCCAGUCUAUCUACAUCUCUACAUAUAUACAUACAGUCAAAUCU